ACCAGCAGCUCUGGGAAACUCUGAAAAUAGCCCCCUCCCCCUGCGUGAGUGGGCCCUGAGUUAGUGUGGAGUGGGCUGUACAAGGCAUCCCUUUGCCACCUUCCUCUCCAAGCCUCACAUCGUGGUUCUGUUACUGUGGCAAGUCUUGAGAACUGUCAAGCCAACAAUAUUUCACUGAGAUGAGAAAACCAAGGAUCACAGAGGCUGGUGACUUGCUGAAGACCACACAGCCAAUAAAUGGCAGAAGCAGGACUGGAACGUGCCCACAGGAUGGAAACCGACUACCUGAAGAGGUGCUUUGGGAAUUGCCUUGCCCAGGCUCUGGCAGAGGUGGCGAAGGUUCGGCCCAGUGACCCCAUAGAGUACCUGGCUCACUGGCUUCAUCAUUACAGGAAAAUCACUAAAGCACAGGAAGAGGGCAGGCAGGAGAAGAUCCAGCUGAAGGAGGAAUAUGAUAAUAGCCUCAAGGAAACCCGAAUGACAGAAAUGCUGAAGCAAGAAGAGUAUCAGAUUCAACAGGAGUAUGAAAAGUGUCACCAGCCACUGGUGUCUGCAGCUCUUUCCACAAAGGAGACCAUAUUCAUGCAGGAGAGCACAAAAUCCCUUGAAAAUGAGGCCUUGCAGCAGGAAUGCCUGCCAGGUACCUCCAGUAUGAUUCCAGAAAUUCCUCAACAGAUUCCUUCUUCUGAUUCACCUGGCCAGACUGACAGGAGUGUCAAAACUCCACCAGCAAUAAAUGACUAGGCUUUUCAGCAUGAAGUGCUCCCGAGACGCAUCAUGGCUCCCAAUCCCCUUCUUAGGUUAUCAGAAGGAAGAUGAUUCUAACGAUGCUUCUCUCAAGGCUGUGUAAGCCAAGAAUGUGGCCAUCCAGAAGAGCUCUUCCCUAAAGAUGAUAAUAUGUGGAUUAAAUCCAGACUUGAGGGGCUGUAGAUGGAGGUGUCUGCAGGGACUCUCCAGUCCAAGUCCUAUUAUAUAGCCACAAAUAUUCCUUAAUCAUGUGAAAAUUUGAACUAGUUAUAGGAUAAAAUAAACUCAUAAUAAUGAUUUAAAUUAAGUAAUCCAA